GAUCUUCGCCUAUCCAAUGUUUCUCCAUAAAGCGCUAAUGCCAUGCAACGCAACCUUCUUUGCAAUGGAUGUGGCUUGCAAGUACUGGCCAUACCUUCAGAAGGCUGCCAACCACCUGCCAGAGCUCCUAGAGCUUUUGAAUUCCACACCCCUCCUUAGUGUCAUGCAUGCACAAAACCACGAGACCAAGUGUCAGAUUGCUUGGAGUGGAAAAUACAUUGAGGGUGCCGGGACUACUGCGGGAGAGGAAGUAGAGCAAGUGAACAGCUACCUGUCCCGCUGUGCUUUGACAACAAAGUACAUGUCCAAAGGAGCACGUGUGGACAUGCUGACUGUUCAUGCCUUAGGGUGGAACAAGAAGAAAACCUCUGGACUGCAACAAGCCCUGUGCUCCCGAUAUGCCAAGACAUGCAAGAUGCUGACGGAAGCUGAGAAGGAAGAGCAGCAGAAAAAGGAGGAUCUGGCCUGCACUGAUGGAGCUGCAUGGGUUGCUGAAGUGCAGGAAUGGGCAACCCGCGUAAGAACACGCCCUUUGAAGCUGCAGCAGGACAUAGAGGGCCGCUAUCUUAACCUUCGACAGAGGAAGCAAGCUCUGUACCGAAAGAAUGACAGUGGUCAGUUGCGUCAUCGUCUGCGGAGCGAGAUGACUGUUGUUAAGAACAGGCUUCUUAAAGACAUUGCCACCUUCAACAGUGCAUCGCCAACAACGACAAUCGACAUUGGAACCGUGGAGCGAUCAUUGUCAGGAGAUGGACCAGCUGUUUUUUGGCCUUGGGAUGUGCAGGGGAGUGUCAGACUUGAGGACAAGCAUGCCUACUUUGUGGCCUCGAUGCGCAGGAAGCGCUUGGAAGAAGAGAAAGGCAUCCUCGUGAAGGAGAUGGAACAGCACACUACAUCACUGAAAAGAUUGAUGUCUUGUCUAGAAGCAAAGAUGUCAUCGGCAGAGUCACAAAAUGAGGGCCUUUCUGCCUUCUGUCGAAGACGGCUUCAUGACCUGACAAUCGUCCAUCUUUCUGCUGUGGCAAGCUACAGGGCUGUUUUAAGCCCACAGGGGACCAAUAGGCCAUCUUGUGAGGAAGGGCAGGGAGAUGACGGGAAUGAGGACGAUGUACACAGCAGUGAUUUCUCAUACACCAGUGAUGAGGAAGAAACGGAGUUUCUUUAAUCUGAGACGGUUUGGAAUCAUCAAUCAUCAUUCCUUGACACCCGCAGCUGUCUCCUUUCUCCUGCUUUCUCCAACACACCAACAGCCUCUCUCUGUCCUGCUCUCCUCUGUCUCCUCCAUCCUGAUCUCCAGUGCAGCAGCAGUGCCAUCCAUGUCACCCCCAGCAGCAGCACUGGCAUUCAUGCCCUCAGUAGCACCCAGGACAGAAAACACAACAUUUAAAUUAAACUGUUAAAAAACUCUGUUAAGCUAUUGCCAUUCCACCAAGAACUAAGUGAUUGCUGUGAGUUAUUCAGCCAGUGGAAUGUGCUGUGUGUGUGUAUGUGUGUGUGUGUGUGUGGGGGGGGGGGGGACUUU